CUUCAGACUUGGAGGUGGGCUGUGCAGCAAACUGAAAUGCUGGCCCCUACUUGCUCCUCGGUGGAGGAGUGAUCCGAACGGGACCGGCUCAGCCUGCGGCUGCCGUGGGCUUUGUGUGGACUGGACUCCGAGCUGGGCGGAGGGGGAGGGUUAUUACUCCAGUUCCCAGGCAGUGGAAUUACAGCUAGCGCGGCAGGAUAUAUGGGAUUGCUUUUUCUCGUCUUCCUGGAGCUGCUCAGGUCCAGUGUAUUUCAAGGAACAGAAAUAUAAAGGAAAUCUAGUAUGCUUCCAUUUUUCCCAUGAAGAAUAUUUGAAUUAAGUUUUCUUUACCUCUUGAAAGAAUAUCUGUUCUUGCAAAACCUGUGACUGCUCCAGAUAUUCUGAAAAAGCAUCAAGAAGCAAAAGCUGGAAAUAGCUAUUUCACAGCAGGUAAUCAUACCUCAGGAUGUAGCUACUGUACAAAGUUUAUACUUGGAUAAUCCUGGAUGGGAAUAAAGGUGGGGGGUAACUGCCUGAAAAACCUAUUACUAUACAGGCCUUAGCAUCAUGAAUGGCUUUCUUCAUGAGGAUCUGAAGUUACUAUCUCUGACCACAUUGCACAGAAGAACCAAUAAGAAUUUCAAAGAGAGCAAUUUCCACUAAGGGAAUUAAGCUACACAAAAGGAACCUUCACACAGAAACUCUGUAAGAAAGGAAAAAAAAUAGGAAGCCAUGUGCUCUACAUAGUAACAGGAAACUGAAUUGUUUCUGGUCCCUCCUUUAAUGAGCUUGCCCACCAUGCUGAACCGCAGCUGGAAUGUUCAUUGACAACAGCAAGCCUGAUCUGGAGGUGUGUGCGGCAUAGAAUUACUUGAAUAAACAGUGAAGAACAUUUCCAAGGACUAAACAAGAGUUUAUAAGUCCCAGCCCCUCACCAGGAAAAUAAUAUUUGUGCAUUGGAUUUUCACUCACGCAAAAUUUACCCACAUCGUUCAAUAAGGGCUCUGAAACUACCUUGUGUAAGGACCUCAACACUGCUGACCAUGAUCAGCCCAGCCUGGAGCGUCUUCCUCAUUGGGACUAAAAUCGGGCUGUUCCUCCAGGUGGCACCACUAUCAGUUAUGGCUAAACCCUGUCCAUCUGUGUGCCGCUGUGAUGCCGGUUUCAUUUACUGUAAUGAUCGCUUUCUGACAUCCAUUCCAACAGGAAUACCAGAGGAUGCUACAACUCUCUACCUUCAGAACAACCAAAUAAAUAAUGCUGGGAUUCCAUCAGAUUUGAAAAACUUGCUGAAAGUAGAAAGAAUAUACCUAUAUCACAACAGUUUAGAUGAAUUUCCUACCAACCUACCAAAGUACGUCAAAGAGUUACAUCUGCAAGAAAAUAACAUAAGGACCAUCACUUAUGAUUCACUUUCAAAAAUUCCCUAUCUGGAAGAAUUACAUUUAGAUGAUAACUCUGUCUCAGCUGUUAGCAUUGAAGAGGGGGCAUUCAGAGACAGUAACUAUCUCCGCCUGCUCUUCCUGUCUCGUAAUCACCUUAGCACAAUCCCCUGGGGUUUGCCCAGGACUAUAGAGGAGCUCCGUUUGGAUGAUAACCGCAUAUCCACUAUCUCAUCACCAUCUCUUCAAGGCCUCACUAGCCUAAAACGCCUGGUUUUGGAUGGAAACCUGCUGAACAACCAUGGAUUGGGUGAUAAAGUUUUCUUCAACCUAGUCAACUUAACAGAACUGUCACUGGUGCGGAAUUCCCUGACUGCUGCACCAGUAAACCUUCCAGGCACAAACCUGAGGAAGCUUUAUCUUCAAGAUAACCAUAUCAAUAGGGUGCCCCCAAAUGCUUUUUCUUAUCUGAGGCAGCUGUAUCGACUUGAUAUGUCCAAUAAUAACCUAAGUAAUUUACCUCAGGGUAUCUUUGAUGAUUUGGACAACAUAACACAAUUGAUUCUUCGAAACAAUCCCUGGUAUUGUGGAUGCAAGAUGAAAUGGGUACGUGACUGGUUACAAUCACUACCUGUGAAGGUCAACGUGCGUGGGCUCAUGUGCCAAGCUCCAGAAAAGGUUCGAGGGAUGGCUAUCAAGGACCUCAAUGUGGAACUGUUUGAUUGUAAGGACAACCCGGUUGUAAGCACCAUUCAGAUAACCACUGGGACGCCCAAUACGGUACAUCCUGCUCAAGGCCAGUGGCCAGCUCCUGUGACCAAACAACCAGACCCGAAGAACCCCAGACUCACUAAGGACCAGCGAACCACAGGGAUUCCGGCAAGAAAAACAAUUAUCAUUACUGUGAAAUCUGUCACCCCUGACACAAUUCAUAUCUCUUGGAAACUUGUCCUACCUAUGACUGCUUUAAGACUCAGCUGGCUCAAACUGGACCACAGCCCAGCGUUUGGAUCUAUAACUGAAACAAUUGUAACAGGAGAACGCAGCGAAUACUUGGUCACAGCCCUGGAGCCUGAUUCACCCUAUCGAGUCUGCAUGGUUCCCAUGGAAACCAGUAACCUCUAUCUAUUUGAUGAAACUCCUGUUUGUAUUGAGACUGAAACUGCACCCCUUCGAAUGUACAACCCUACAACCACCCUUAAUCGAGAGCAAGAGAAAGAACCUUACAAAAACCCCAGUCUGCCACUGGCCGCCAUCAUUGGCGGGGCUGUGGCCCUGGUGGCCAUCGCCCUGCUGGCUUUGGUGUGCUGGUACGUUCACAGGAACGGGUCCCUCUUCUCACGGAACUGUGCGUACAGCAAAGGGCGGAGGAGAAAGGACGACUAUGCGGAAGCCGGCACCAAGAAGGACAACUCCAUCCUGGAAAUCAGGGAGACUUCUUUUCAGAUGUUACCGAUAAGCAGUGAACCCAUCUCAAAGGAGGAAUUUGUGAUACACACCAUAUUUCCUCCUAAUGGAAUGAAUCUGUACAAAAACAAUCACAGUGAAAGCAGUAGUAACCGAAGCUAUAGAGACAGUGGUAUUCCAGACUCGGAUCACUCACACUCAUGAUGCAGGAGGACUUGCAGCAGACCAUGUGUCGGUUUUUUUAAACCUAAGGGGGGUGAUGGUAGGAACCCUGCUCUACUGCAAAACACUGGAAAAAGAGACUGAGAAAAGCAAUGUACUGUACAUUUGCCAUAUAAUUUAUAUUUAAGAACUUUUUAUUAAAAGUUUCAAAUUUCAGGUUACUGCUGCGAUUGAUGUAGUGGAGAUGCCUGAACACAAUUCUAUAUUUUAGUAUUUUUUAGUAAUUUGUACUGUAUUUUCCUUGCAAAUAUUGAAGUUAUAAACCAUUUACUUUGUGUUCUACUGAGUAAGAUGACUUGUUGACUGUGAAAGUGAAUUUUCUUGCUGUGUUGAACAAUCAGGACUGCAUUCACAUGAGAUCCUUGUAGUAUAAGCACAGGCCAUUUUUCACUUUGGUAUUAAUAAAAUGUAAAAAAAAAAUAAAAACUGGCUGAAUGAGAAAAAUUAAAUUUCAAAAAGUAGUUAUGAAAUAAUGUUCCAACUAUUAAAUUUGUAUUCCAGUGGUAUUCAAUAAUCAAAAUAUGUGAAGUAAUGGGCAAUAUCAGACUUGCUGCAUAGCUCCAUUUUUAUGCUAAGUAAAUUAGACCUCCUUAAGAAAAUAAACAUUAUCUUCUAAACUGAAUACAUCAGUUGGCCGAAAAGGAGGGUGAAGUCUGCUGUUGUUAAUGCCAUUGUUAACAAAGCUUUGAUAAUAAAGGACUUCACGAAAACAAUAAUGUAAGCGUGCUUCCAAGUGGGGGAAACUUGUACUUAGGAAAAAACAUGAAAA